AUGAGAAAUAAUAUCUCAGAUGAUGUUCUAGAAAAUCCAGAGUUGUAUGGACUUAGAAGAUCUCAUCGUUCAACUGCUAAUCAACAUCAAAGUUACUAUGAUAGCGAUGAAGAAGAAGAUGCUGUAGUGAGUAAACCAAGAAGAUCUAAUAAAUCUAGAACCGGUUCAAUAAAUGAUGACGACGAAACUGAUAAUGCUUCCAAUGAGGACUAUGACAUGGAUGGUGAUGAUGAUGAAGAAGAUGACUUAGACGAUUUUAUUAAUGAUGACGAUAAUGAUGAAGAUGAUUAUGUAGGAACCAAAAAUACAAAAAAGAGAACAUCUACUAAGAAGACAAAACCUAAGAAAUCCACGAGGACAAAAAAAGUUAAGGAGGAAGAUGACGUGGUUCUUCCAACGCGUUUCUCCUCACGUAAUAAUAAUAGAUCAGUUAAUUACAACAUAGAUUAUUCAGAUGAUGAUUUGUUAGAAUCUGAAGAAGAAUUGGCUGAUUUGGAUGAAGACCUGGAUGGAACAGAAUUCGAAGAAGAAGACUCUGUGACACCUUCUAACUUAGAAGAGAGUCAUUCAAUUGAUAUUGUUGUAAAUCACAGAUUAAAAGAAAAUGUGGACCAAGAUAUGUUGAAAAAAAUUCCAAGCUUGGAUGAAUGUAAAAUAAACUUCGAGUUCUUAAUCAAAUGGGCAGAUGAAUCUCAUCUACAUAACACAUGGGAGACUUAUGAAUCUCUCGACCAAGUUAAAGGUACCAAGAGACUUGAUAACUAUUGUAAACAAUUCAUAAUACAAGAUCAAGAAGUCAGAUUGGAUCCAUACAUCACUCGUGAAGAUAUAGAGGUGAUGGAUAUGGAACGUGAAAGGCGCUCUGAUGAGUUAGACGAAUAUACAGUGCCAGAAAGGAUCAUUGAUAGUCAACGUAUCACCUUAGAUGAUGGUACAUCACAAUUACAAUAUCUGGUCAAAUGGUCUCGUUUAAAUUAUGAUGAAGCUACCUGGGAAAAUGCAGCAGAUAUCGUAAAACUAUCACCAGAGGGAGUAAGACAUUUCCAAAAUAGAACAAAUUCAAAUAUUUUACCUCAGUACUCAGAUAAUUAUGGUUCAAACAGACCUAAAUUUUCAAAGUUGGCGGAACAACCAUCAUACAUCAAAGGAGGUGAAUUGAGAGAUUUCCAAUUGACUGGUAUCAACUGGAUGGCCUUUUUAUGGUCCAAAAAUGAUAAUGGUAUCCUAGCUGAUGAAAUGGGUCUUGGUAAAACUGUUCAAACUGUUUCUUUCAUUAGUUGGUUGAUAUAUUCCAGAAAGCAAUGUGGUCCACAUAUCGUUGUGGUACCAUUGUCCACAAUGCCAGCAUGGCAAGAAACCUUUGCUAAAUGGGCACCUGAAUUAAACUGUAUUUGUUAUAUGGGUAAUCAAAAAUCUAGAGAAGCGAUUAGAGAUUACGAAUUUUACACCAAUCCACAAGCUAAAGGGAAAAAACACAUGAAGUUUAACGUCUUAUUAACAACAUAUGAAUAUAUCUUAAAAGACCGUACAGAAUUGGGCUCCAUAAAAUGGCAGUUCUUGGCUGUCGAUGAAGCACACAGAUUAAAGAAUGCAGAAUCUUCCUUAUAUGAAUCCCUAAACAGUUUCAAGGUCUCCAACAGACUUUUAAUUACUGGUACACCUUUGCAAAAUAAUAUCAAAGAAUUGGCCGCUUUGGUGAAUUUCUUAAUGCCUGGUAGGUUUACAAUUGAUCAAGAAAUUGAUUUCGAGAAUCAAGAUACUGAACAAGAAGAAUAUAUUAGAGAUUUACAGACAAGGAUAAAACCUUUUAUUUUGCGUCGACUAAAGAAAGAUGUUGAAAAAUCACUACCUUCAAAAACCGAACGUAUCCUUCGUGUAGAAUUAUCAGAUGUCCAAACUGAAUAUUAUAAAAAUAUUCUAACAAGAAAUUACAGAGCUUUGACUGAGGGUGCAAAGGGUGGUCAUUUCUCAUUGCUGAAUAUCAUGAGUGAAUUGAAGAAGGCAUCGAAUCAUCCGUAUUUGUUUGAUAAUGCAGAGGACCGUGUUCUACAAAAAUUUGGUGCUGGUAAUAUGUCUCGUGAAAAUAUUUUAAGGGGUCUCAUUAUGUCGUCUGGUAAGAUGGUUUUACUGGAUCAACUUCUGACAAGAUUAAAGAAGGAUGGUCAUAGAGUUCUUAUCUUUUCCCAAAUGGUACGUAUGCUAGAUAUUCUAGGUGACUAUCUAUCAAUUAAAGGUAUAAAUUUCCAAAGAUUAGAUGGUACAAUUUCCUCUGGGCAAAGAAGAAUAUCUAUUGACCAUUUCAACGCGCCUGAAUCUAAGGAUGACGUUUUCUUAUUGUCAACAAGAGCAGGUGGUUUAGGUAUUAAUUUAAUGACAGCCGAUACUGUUAUUAUCUUUGAUUCCGAUUGGAAUCCUCAAGCAGAUCUACAAGCAAUGGCCAGAGCUCAUCGUAUCGGUCAAAAAAAUCAUGUCAUGGUUUACAGAUUUGUAUCAAAAGAUACUGUCGAAGAAGAGAUUCUGGAAAGAGCACGUAAAAAGAUGAUUUUAGAAUAUGCAAUUAUCUCUUUAGGUGUCACAGACGGUAACAAGUAUAGAAAGAAGAGCGAUCCAAAUGCCGGUGAACUUUCUGAAAUUUUAAAAUUUGGUGCUGGUAAUAUGUUUGCUGCCACAGAUAAUCAAAAAAAACUAGAGGACUUAAACUUAGAUGACGUUUUAAAUCACGCCGAAGACCAUGUUACUACACCUGAACUUGGUGAAUCUCAUCUUGGUGGUGAGGAAUUCUUAAAACAAUUCGAGGUUACAGACUACAAAGCUGAUAUUGAUUGGGAUGAUAUUAUCCCCGAAGAAGAUUUGAAGAAGUUUCAAGAUGAAGAGUUGAGAAGGAAGGACGAAGAAUACGUUAAGGAACAACUCGAUAUGAUGAAUAGAAGGGAUAAUGCUUUGAAAAGAAUUAAAAAUAGUGUAAAUGGAACUGGUACUCCUCAGGAAUCUGAAGAUGAAGAGGAGAAUAAUUCUAGAUCUAGAAGAAGAGCAAGGGCCAACAAUUUAAAUGCCAUAGGGGAAACAGAGAUUCGUGUAUUAUACAGGGCUGUCUUGAAAUAUGGUGAUUUGACAGAUCUGUUCGAAACUUUAAUCGCUGAUAACGUGCUACCUGUCAGAUCCAUUGAGAAGUAUGAAGAAAUUUAUUCCGAACUAAUGACUAACGCUAAAGAAUAUUUAGCAGAUGAAGAGACAAAGAGGAACGAAAUAAUGGAAAAACUUGAAAAGAAUGCUUCUGAAUACAGAUUGAAAUUGAAAUCUGGUCAAAUCAAGAUUGAAGAUCAACCAAGUGACAAUGCACUAACAAGACUUGCUGCCAAGAGGAAAGAAAAGAAAGCUGUAUUAUUUACAUUUAGAGGUGUCAAAUCACUGAAUGCCGAGUCACUAGUGAAUCGUGCGGAAGAACUAAAGUAUUUAAAAACUUUCAUACACGAUAACUACAAGGAUGACACCUUAAAGUUCAAGUUAGAUAAUACCAAGAAUCCCAAGCCAGUUCAAAAUUGGAGUUGUAACUGGAAUAAAGAUGACGAUGAAAAGUUACUGGUCGGUGUUUACAAAUAUGGUUAUGGUGCAUGGACACAUAUUAGAGAUGAUCCAUUUUUGGGUUUAACUGAUAAAAUAUUUUUAAAUGAACAACAAAAGCCAGGACCUAAAUCUUCUUCCUCAACCGAAGUAACCAAUGAUAAUGCUGAAAACAAUGUAGCCAAGAAGGGAAAAGGUAUUACUGGUUCUUCUAAGAAGGUGCCUGGUGCUAUUCACCUAGGUAGAAGAGUAGAUUAUUUAAUCUCAGUAAUGAGAGAUGAAACAAAGGAACAAACCCCAAGUGUUGGAAAAUCAAGUAGUGCAGGAACAGAUCUUUCGACUAUUUCUGAUAAGACUGCAGUAGGUCCAAGAAAGAAAAGAGUUCGCAAAACGUCUAACGAUAAUGGUGUUCUGACGGCAAAGAAGGUAAAUAGAAAGAGUGAGGCACCACCAACUAAACGUCAAAAACCAUUACCAAAGGGACCUGCUCCAAAAUUAUCACCACCAAAGGGCCCUGCACCUAAGACAAAUACACCAAAGCUACAAAAGACAUCCACUAUCAACGAUGACAAACAUGCCAAGGAAUAUGAUAGUAUGGAUGAAAAUGAGUGCAGAAACAAAAUGACUACAGUACGCACUUCAUUACAACGCCUAAGACGUGGUGGUAAGGGACUUGACCGUAGAGAUUGGGCCAAUAUUCUAAAGACAGAAUUAACGAACAUAGGUGAUCACAUAGAGCGCGAGAAAGCAACUGCUGCAGAUGCACCAACUGACAAAUUGCGUAAACACCUCUGGUCCUACGCUGCGAACUUCUGGCCUGCCAAUGUCAAGAGCGAUAAGUUAAUGGCAAUGUACGAAAAGAUUCGGACUGCCAGAUCUACACCGAAGGAGAGCAAAGAGAACGUCACCAAUUAG